AUGUCCACUGAGACCGGAUCUGCCAGUAACAGCACUUCGACUGGUUUUGCCUUCAAUCACGUUAGCAACCACAAUGCUGACGAAGACAUCGUAACAGUGGCUGCGGAGAAAUCCACUAUCCAAGGCGACAUGGAGAAGACCGCCAUAUCGGAAGCAGAGAAACCAGCGACGCAAGGAACUGGUGUUGAGAAACAAGUUCAAACAGAUACGAUCAAACUGGAACCAAAUCUGGAGCCCAUCGCUACAACCGAUGACAAUGAACUUCACCACACAGCAUCAACCAUUGCGCCGUCACAUCGGUCUGUCCACCGCGACCCCGUGAGCCGAGUGACCACCGAUGACGAAGGGAAUAUCUACCCCGAGGGUGGCCUCGAAGCGUGGCUGGUUGUCCUUGGAAGCUUCUUAGGCCUCUUUGGGUCGCUUGGACUGGUCAACACAAUUGGCACGUUCCAGGCAUAUAUUGAGAGCCACCAGCUGAAAGACUAUAGUUCCGGAAGCAUUGGUUGGAUCUUUGGCAUGUAUGCCUUCCUGACCUUUUUCUGUGGCGUUCAGAUCGGCCCAAUCUUCGAUGCUCGUGGACCACGUCUGCUCGUCUUUGCGGGUUCCGUCUGUGAGAUGGCUAUGAUCGUUCUGCUGGGCUUUUGCACAGAAUAUUGGCACUUCAUGCUUGUCAUCGGCGUACUGGGCGGAGUGGGGGCAUCACUCAUCUUUACCCCAGCGAUCUCGGCCAUCGGCCACUUUUUCUACGAGAAGCGCGGUGUUGCAACAGGGAUCGCUGCCACCGGGGGUUCUAUUGGAGGCAUCGCCUUUCCGCUAAUCCUCGAGGCUCUUUUCCCCAAAAUUGGAUGGGGGUGGGCCACUCGAGUGAUAGCGUUGAUCGUCUUGAUCGCAUUCGGGUUCGCAAACCUGCUCAUCCGAUCACGACUGCCCCAAAAGCCCUUCUCGAAGGAGAACGUUCUACCAGACUUCCGUAUAUUUCGCGAUGCUCGAUUUGCCCUAACGACUGCAAGCGUCUUCUUCAUUGAAUGGGGCCUCUUUGUCCCGAUCAGUUAUAUCUCCUCUUAUGCCCUUGAUCAUGGCUUCUCCACCCAAUUUUCCUACCAGAUUUUGGCCAUCCUAAAUGUAGGCUCCUUUUUUGGUCGCUGGCUCCCAGGAUUCUUCGCGGAUUUCCUAGGCCGGUUCAACACGCUGAUCGCUACUGUGGCUCUGUGCCUGCUGUGCAAUGCAUGCCUUUGGCUUCCUGCGGGCAGUAGCAUGGCCUUACUGGUCAUCUAUGCCUUACUUUUUGGAUUCUCCAGUGGCAGCAACAUCAGCUUGACCCCAGUUUGCGUUGGGCAACUCUGCAAGACCGAGCACUACGGUCGGUAUUACGCAACCGCUUAUACCAUCGUGAGCUUUGGAACCUUAACUGGUAUUCCAAUUGCCGGUGAGAUUUUGACCCGUUGCGACGGUCAGUAUUGGGGCAUUAUUGCGUUUACCACUGCUUGCUAUGCUAUUGGUCUCGCCUGCUGCACAGCGGUUAAGGUCAUUCACGUUGGCUGGCGUCAACCAUUGGCCAUCUACUAA